GGAGACAAGCAUAGGAAGGGUAACUAUUAUGACAAUCUUGGCGAUUUAUAUCUGAGACAGGGUGAUCUCAAAAAAGCAAUAGAGUGCUACAACAAAGAUCUUAAAAUAGCUAAAGAAGGAGGAGACAAGUAUGAGGAGGGUUGUGCUUUUGGCAAUCUUGGCAUUGCUUAUGACAGUCUGGGUGAUUACAAAAAAAGCCAUUGAGUGCCACAACCUACAUCUUAAAAUAGCGAAAGAUAAAGGAGACAAGCGUGGGAGGGUGUUGCUUUAAGCAAUCUUGGAAUUGCUUAUCACGAAACGGGUGAUUUUAAAAAUCCGUAGAGUGCCACAACCUACAUCUUAAAAAAAAAAAAAGAACUAGGAGACAAGCAUGGAGAGGGUGCCGCUUUUGGCAAUCUUGGCAAUGCUUAUAAAGGUCUGGGAGAUUUAAAAAAAAAGCCAUAAGUACCACAACCUACAUCUUAAAAAAGCUAAAGAAGUAGGAGAUAAGCAUGGGAGGGUAACGCUUAUGGAAAUCUUGGCAAUGCUUAUAAAGGUCUGGGAGAUUUUAAAAAAGCCAUAGAGUACCACAACUUAGAUCUUAAAAUAGCUAAAGAAGUAGGAGACAAACAUGGGGAAGGUUGCGCUUAUGGCAAUCUUGGCAAUGCUUAUGACGGUAUGGGAGAUUUUAAAAAAGCCAUAGAGUACCACAACCGACAUCUUAAAAUAGCUAAAGAAGUAGGAGACAAGCAUGGGGAGGGUAAGGCUUAUGGCAAUCUUGGCAAUGCUUAUCAAAGUCUGGGUGAUUUCAGUACAGCCAUAGAGUACCACAACCUAUGUCUUAAAAUAGGUAAAGAAGUAGGAGACAAGCAUGGGGAGGGUGGUGCUUAUGGCAAUCUUGGCAAUGCUUAUGAAAGUCUGGGUGAUUUCAAUAGAGCCAUAGAGUACCACAACCUAGAUCUUAAAAUAGCUAAAGAAGUAGGAGACAAGCAUGGGGAGGGUCACGCUUAUGGUAAUCUUGGCAAUGCUUAUCAAAGUCAGGGUGAAUUACAAAACGCCAUAGAGUACCACAACCUACAUCUUAAAAAUAGCUCAACAAGUAGGAGACAAGCAUGCGGAGGGUAAUACUUAUGGCAAUCUUGGCAAUGCUUAUCACGGUUUGGGUGAAUUCAAAAAAAAAUAGAGUACCACAACUUAGAUCUUAAAAUAGUUAAAGAAAUAGGAGACAAGCAUGGGGAGGGUAAAAGUUAUGGCAAUCUUGGCAAUGCUUAUCGAUGUCUGGGAGAUUUGGAAAAGGCCAACGAGUUAUACUGCCUAUUGCUCAAAAUUGCCAAAGAGGUCGAAGACCAAUCCUUAGAGGCCCUCGCCUACUAUCUUUUAGGAUGUGUUUUUGAGGCGCAGGGUGGACUGCCAAAAGCCGUUGAACAUUUCCGAGCGAGCGUAAAGUUAUACAAUUCAUUGAGAGUACUUCUUAAGUCUAAAGAUAAGUGGAAAGUUAAUUUUCGAAAUAAGCACCAAAAUGUGUAUUCGGGUUUGUGUAGCGUUCUCGUAAAACAAGGUAAUAUAGAUGAGGCCUUAUUUGCUGCUGAGAAAGGACGAGCUCAAGCUCUGACCGACCUCAUGGAAUCCAGUUUUUGUGGUAGAACAGGGCAGCACAAGGGAAGCGAUGAAGAUUUAGCAGAUUUAAAAAACGUUCCAUCAGACAUUAUCUUUCAGGUAGUGGACGAGGCUGACGUCAAUCUUUGGUUUGUUUCCAAAGGAAAACAAGUUCAGUUAAGACAAAGUAACCUCACUGAUUCUGUUUCAGAGAAUAGUGGAGCUAGGCAAUCCUUUGAGUCGUUCAUACACGGUGUCUAUACACAAAUUGGUGUUCGUUCUAAUGUGAGAUGCGAGAAUCGAUCUUUGGAUGCUUUGAGGGGGAGCCGUUCAAAAGUGGAUGUGAAAACUAAAGAAGACAACCCUCACCCUCCCAUCCAACAAGACGAACGCGGCUUAAGCACUUUGUAUGAUACCCUCAUGAAGCCGGUGGCUGACCUGGUUAAAGGGGAUGAGCUACUCAUUAUUCCCGAUGGAUCCUUGUGGCUCGCUCCUUACGCUGCAUUGAAGGAUGGUAAUUCUAAAUACCUGUGUGAAUCGUUCAGAAUCCGACUCGCUCCAUCGUUAACAAGUCUUAGACUCAUUUCCGAUUGCCCAGAUGAUUAUCACAAAAGCAGUGGAGCGUUACUUGUAGGAGAUCCGUGGGUAUCCGAGGUUACUUACAGCGAGGGAGAGAAAGUCCUCGAGCAGCUUCCGUGUGCCAAAGAAGAAGUAGAAAUGAUCGGAAAAAUUCUGAAUAUCACGCCAAUCACUGGCAGACAAGCCACGAAUCGUGAGGUGUUGAAAAGACUCGGUUCCGUUUCCUUAGUUCACUUUGCGGCACACGGAUGUCCGGAAACUGGCGAAAUUGCUCUUACACCUGACCUAGACCGAAUAUCUACUGUGCCUACGGAGAAGGAGGAUUACAUUUUAACGAUUCGAGAUGUGUUGAAUGUUCAACUUCGCGCCAAACUUGUUGUGCUCAGUUGCUGCCACAGUGGUCGGGGCGAGAUCAAGGCUGAAGGUGUGGUUGGCAUUGCGCGCGCUUUUAUGGGGGCUGGUGCUCGGUCUGUUGUGGUGUCCCUGUGGGCGAUUGAUGACGAGGCUACUCUCGAGUUCAUGAAAUGCUUUUAUCAACACCUUGCAGAAGGUAAACCUGCAAGCGAGUCACUGAACCUGAGCAUGAAAAGCCUCAAAGAAUCAAAGAAGUUCCACGACAUCAAAUACUGGGCGCCCUUUGUGCUGAUUGGAGAUGACAUCACUCUUGACUUC